AAAAGAUUGUCUGCGUGCAUGAUAAUUCCGCCCUACAAAUGCACCGGUAUGUGUGUGCCCUCUUCACCAUAUAAGAAUUGAGUUCCACCUCUCCCACCCCUGCGUUUUAAAUUGCCCUCCGACGGACGCGUUACAGCAGGAGUUCUUCUGAUUAAAAGAGGUCACCCUAGGGGACCUUGUGAUUCCGAAGGUAGGGAGAGAACACGGCCAGCAACUCUGUCAAGCCGCCGCCGUUCUGCUGCUGUGCUGCCGCAGCCUGACCCGCGGCAAGAUGUCAUUCCCUUCUUUCACCAAAGUUUAUCAUCACUCAUCAUAUCCGGCCAUUGAUACGUUGAGGUCAGAGUUGUCAGUCAAGGACAAGACAGUCAUUGUAUCAGGGGCCGGGGGUGGAGGCAUUGGAGCUACGGUGGCUAUGUCGUUUGCGCGAGCCGGGGCACGGAAGAUUGCCUUGAUGGGAAGAACUGAGCAAUCACUUCAGAGGACAAAGGACAACAUUGUCAAGGCGUUUCCUGACGCUCAAAUCCUCAUUACCACCACCGACAUAUCCAAAGCAGAGAGUGUGGGGACCGCCGCCCAUAACAUUCGAGCGAAUCUGGGGGCGUGGGAUGUAUUCGCUCACUGCGCAGCCGUCGCACCUGACCCUGUUAGCAUUACUGGUGCUGACGAGGACGAUUGGUGGCACACGUUUGAGAUCAACGCGAGGUUCUCGUCGCAUUUCGCAAAGCACUUCCUGCCCAAGUGCCGACCUAAUGCCACCUACAUCGGCACGAAUGCCGCCGCCUGUCACAUUGCCGCUUCACGCAUGCCGAAAAGCUCCGCGUACUCGGCCUCGAAAAUCGCGGCGGCGAAGCUUGAUGAAUACAUUGCGCAUGAGAAUCCACAGUUGCGGGUAUUCACCCUUCAUCCUGGCGUUGUGAAGACCAAGAUGUCGACAAGAUUUCUUGGAGAUGGUCCUCCUGGCUUCGUUUUUGAUGAUCCUGAACUGCCUGCCAAUUUCAUGGUAUGGCUUGUCUCCGCCGAAGCCGAAUUUCUGAGAGGGAGGUACUUGUGGUGCAAUUGGGAUGUGGAGGAGUUGAUUGCUAGAAAGGCAGAAAUCGAGGCUAACCCGCUACUCUUUACACUGACAUUGGGGGGUUGGCCUUUUCAGUGAUCAUCGGACGCAUUAUCGCAUUUGUGGAUAUUCAAGGAAACAAGGGCGAACGCAGGCCGUUGAAGCGAAGACGAAGUGGUUGGGACGACUGAGUGGGCCUCGAUGCAUUCGUGGAGGCUGUGAUGGUCAUUGUCUACUGCUCACCGCUUGGUUAUAAGGUCCAUAUCAUAUCUACCGGGGUCGUCUCGCACGGGCGGCCGCCUCAUCAUGAAUAGUGUACGAUCUACUAGAGAAUCUCGCCAAACGGAUAUGGAGAGGGGUCUGCUAAGGCUAUCAUCAACAGCAACACGAGAUAAAAUAUUAGGGUGGUUUGCUAAUAUAGAUCACUUAAACCAUCAAC